AUGGCCAUUAGGAUGAAAUAGACGUGGUUUGUUACGAUUAAUUUUGUUAAGAAUUCAGAUUAAAUUGUUUUUAUGUAUUAAGAAAGGACUUCAUCAUUCCCAUAUAAAUAGUAUUGAAAAAAUCAGCAGUAUUGUAGAAUUUAUUGAUAAACAAAAUUAAGAAUAUGAAAAUUUAAUUGAUAAUCUUAACACAUAAGUAGAAAGUGUCAAUGAAUCAUUUUCUUAAUUAAAAAGUGGGAUUAGAAAUAAAUAUUCAUUAGUAAAGGAAAGAUUGGUACAUUUGAAUUAAUAUUAAAUUAAUGAUUUCUUGAAUUCAAUCACUAAAUUCGGUGAAUACAAAUAAUCAAUAAUAAGUAUUAUCUCAGAAUAGAUAAAGAAAUUAAGUAAUUCAUUUAAUAAUUUAUAUUAACAAUUAAAAUUAUCUUAAAUUAAUUAUUAUUAAAUAGAUGAAAAACAUAUUAAACUUUCUAAAGAACUUUAUGAAUAAGGUAAUCAUAUUAUUUUAUUAUCAUAGGUUAUUAAUUAUAUUUUAAUAGAAAAUUUGAUUAAGCUAUAGAAAUAUUAGAUAAAUAAAUAGAAUCAGAUCCAAAUAAUCAUUUAUCUUUAUGGUGUAAAGGUUAAAAUAAAUAAUUAUUAAUAGGAGCAUGUUUAAGAUUAUUAAAUAAGUAUGGGGAUGCAGUUACUUGGUUGGACAAAGCAUUAGCCAUUGAUCCUAAACAUGUAAAUUCUUUAUGCUAUAAAGGUAGAUUGAUUGAUAAUUAUAUUAAUAGGUGAAUGCUUAAAAUUGAUGUAGAAAUAUAAUGAAUCUAUAAAAUUAUUUAAUUAAGCACUCUCAAUUGAUGAAAAACAUAUUCCAUCUCUUUAAUUCAAAGGUAUUUAUUAUUUUAAUUUUAAGCUUUAUGUUUAGAAGAGUAAUAAAAGUACAAAGAAGCUCUGAUUUAUUAUGAAAAAUUACUCAAAAUUAAUCCAAAUGAUAAAUGGUUUAAAGAUAAAAGAGGUAUUCUUAACUAUUAUAAAUAGAUUUCUGUAAAAAUAAAUGA